AUGGCUGUCCUGCACAACUACCCAGCCAUCGCGACGGUUGUCUUGAAUUGGAAGACCGGCAUCUCCAAAGAACCCAGCCUUCCUCCAGUCAGCUGGGAUGCUCUCAAGCGGGGUGCGGUUAAGCUGAAGCGCAUGCAAAGCGAGGAUCCAACAUGUUCUAUUACCUGCAACCCCCUAUCUGAAUAUAACAUGGGUGGCCUCCACCUAGUUCGGAUUCUUGAAUUUAAUGACAACACGAGGUGGAUUGUAAGCAUACAAUUGCAUGAAUGCAAUUCCGAAUCAAUCAAACGUCUACUUCAUGAAGUGCACACUCUUGCAUUAAUUCGCGAACGAACUUGUAUCCCUGUGCCUCAAGUGUUUGGAUAUGAGCCGAGCCAUGCGAAUAUUGAGCUAACAGAUAGACAGGUGGAAAUGGCUUCUAAAAGAUUUCCCAAAAUUGGGAUGAUUGUAAAGCAUGAAGACGGCACCUAUGACAUCGAUCCAAUUCCAGGUUUAGGAGGUCCAUUUGAAAGAGCAUCCCGCAUGGUGGGAUAUUAG